AUGGCUUUCUCUGUAGUACCACGGGGGGAAUACCCUGUCCUUUGUCUGCAGUGCCUUCAAUUGGCUGGAGUCCGAUGGGGAGAUGACAGAGUUGCUGAGGAACAAAUCUUCGCCGGUGAGACUCAAAACCCAGGCAUCGCUAAGCACUUGUUUACGGUGGAAACCUCCGUGGAAGAAGAUGCACGGCACAGAAGGCUUGCUGCCGGGGAAGAGGAUGUUACGUUUCUCGAAGAAACAGGCCACAUGGAGCUGUCUGGGUUCAAAGGGCUCUCCCACGAAGUUGCGAGGGUAAUUAGGUUUGAGGAUGUACCAUCGUCGCUGUGA